CCCGCCUGCAUCAAAACGUCCCGCGAUGUUUCCCACACUUGUGCGCCGUCUAGCGCAGGCCACAAAACCACAGGCCAACUCAGCAGUUUCAGGCACCGUAAAACUAAAAAAAGUAUGGCCACCGGAUUUGAAAUCCAUGUCGAUGCAACAGCAGCUCCGAUUUGAGAAGAAGUACAAGCGGAGACUCAAGCUUGCUACUGCCCGGCCGCGAUGGGAUAAGAUGGUCAGGCUGGGGCAACUCUUCUCGAUCACCUUCGUCCUGGGAUACAUGGUACUGUUUAUGGAUUGGAGAGACGUGCCCACACCUUUCGACCCGAUCCGCGAAAAGUUCUAUGGCUUCUUCGGUGUCUUUACCGAAGAGACCAGAAAACUAGACCGCAGGGACAGGUAUAUUCCGUCCCAACCAAGCACCAAGUAACCUUGGUGUGCUACCUUUGUCAAGCAUACUUGCUUGCCUCACCUCCCUCCCUCAAGUUGUACACUAGUGUUCCAUCAUGACGGAGUUCUUGGCGUUAGGAUACCCAGGCAACAAUAGCAUGGCCACGACGGUCUGCCAAGGUACGGCAGCUUUGCCCAGUUCAUUCCUGAUUCCCUCCCCGGUUGCUGUCAUGCUUUCAUGUGUCACCAUGACCAUAAACUC